GCUAGUCCAAACAAAAAGAAAGAUGAGUUCGCAAACACAAACAUAAACAAAUCGCCUAGAGGCGCCUCCCUGUCUGUCUUCCGCGACAGGGGCGCAGCGCAGCACCUCCCCCGAGCGGAGCGGAGCGGAGCCAGCUUGGCUCUCCUCCUCCUCCUCCUAUAUCACUCGCUCCCGCCUCCACCCCCGUGCGCCCAUCGGCGCAGACCCCACACGUGCGGCUCCCCGGAUUCGCGCCGCCGCGGGUACCAAAGGCCAGCUCGGAGCCGACGAGGAGUCAACUCGGCCAUGGACGGAUCGGCGGAGCUGGAGGCGGCGGAGCGGGUGGUCAUGCGCUGGGACUCCUCCUCGGCCUCCGCGUCCGCGGCGGCGGCGGCGGCGGCGGCGGACGAGCCGAUGCUGUUCGACGGCGCGGGGGACCGGGCCGAGGCGGAGCGGUUCCUCCGCGCGGUGGACGACAUCCGCCGCCUCGCGCCGCCGUCGCCCGCGUCCGUCGGCAGCCCGCGCCGGCUGUCGUCCGGGUCCUCGGCGCUGGGGGGUGCCGGGUGCAGCGCCGCGCAGGUCGCGAUGGCGCGGCUCGAGGACGAGUUCCGCCACGUGCUGUCGUCACGCGCCUUCGACCUCGAGAUCGAGGCGCUCGCCGACCUCACCUCCCUCUCCUCCAUCUCCACCGACCGCUCCAACUCGGUCUCCUCCAUCGACCUCCCCGUCGUGGAGGAGGACGACCCCGUUUCCUACGCCGUCGGCCGCCGCAGCAGCUACCGCUCGCUCCGGAGCAUCCGCGAGAUCGACCUCCUCCCCGACGACGCCGUCGCCGACCUCCGCGCCAUCGCGUCCCGGAUGGCCGCCGCUGGCUACGGCCGCGAGUGCGCCCAGGUGUACGCCUCCGUCCGCAAGCCGGCCGUCGACGCCUCCCUCCGCCGGCUCGGCGUCGAACGGCUCAGCAUCGGCGACGUCCAGCGCCUCGAGUGGGAAGCCCUCGAGGCCAAGAUCCGCCGGUGGAUCCGCGCCGCCCGCGCCGCCGUCCGCGGCGUCUUCGCCAGCGAGCGCCGCCUCUCCUUCCACAUCUUCCACGACCUCCCAAUCUCCAACGUCGCCGUUGCCGCCGCCGUCCCCGCGGCUGCCGCCACGCACGACACCCCCUUCGCCGAGGCCGUCAAGGGCGCGGCGCUGCAGCUGUUUGGCUUCGCCGAGGCCAUCAGCAUCGGCCGCCGCUCCCCUGAGAAGCUCUUCAAGAUCAUCGACCUCCACGACGCUCUCUCUGACCUGCUCCCUGAUGUCUCCGACAUUUUUGCGGCCUCCAAGGCCGCCGAAUCGAUAUACGUACAGGCCGUCGAGAUCCGAUCCCGACUCGCCGAUGCCGUGCGAGGGAUACUUUCGGAGUUUGAGAACGCCGUUCUACGCGACCCGCCCAAGACUGCCGUUCCUGGCGGCAAUGUCCACCCGCUCACUCGGUAUGUGAUGAACUAUAGCAGCCUCAUUUCCGAGUACAAGGCCACGCUCUCUGAGCUGAUCGUUUCGCGUCCAUCAGCUAGUGCACGGCUUGCUGCUGAAGGGAAUGAGCUCGCGCCGUCCUUGGCCGAGCUCGAGCUCCCUGAGCUUGAUAACCAGUCACCCCUUUCAGCUCAUAUCAUUUGGAUCAUUGUUGUCCUUGAACACAACCUGGAGGGCAAGGCGUCGCUGUACAAGGACACGGCUCUCUCGCAUUUGUUCUUGAUGAACAAUGUGCACUAUAUUGUGCACAAGGUGAAGGACUCACCAGAACUCUGGAGCAUGAUUGGUGAUGAUUACUUGAAGCGGCUUACCGGAAAGUUCACAGUGGCGGCCACACAUUACCAGCGGACAUCAUGGCUGAAGAUCUUGAAUUGUUUGCGAGAUGAGGGGCUUCAUGUAAGUGGUGGCUUCUCAUCAGGAAUAUCCAAGUCAGCUCUCCGGGAGCGGUUCAAGUCCUUCAAUGCUGCGUUUGAGGAUGCGCAUAGGGUGCAAUCCGGGUGGUCUGUGCCGGACACUCAGCUGAGGGAGGAGCUAAGGAUCUCAAUAUCAGAGAAGCUGUUGCCAGCAUAUCGGUCAUUCCUUGGCAGGUUCCGGCAUCAUAUAGAGAAUGGGAAGCAUCCAGAGCUGUACAUCAAGCACUCAGCGGAGGACCUAGAGAUUGCAGUGAAUGAUUUCUUUGAAGGGGUUACUCCUUCCCCACACAACAGGAGGAGAUCACAUGGAUAGAAGUCUGGUACAUCACACAUUCAACUGGUGUGCUGUUGCUUUGCAUUCUUUGAUUCUUCAGGGGGGGGAAGACAAUACUGGCUGUUGGAGCCUCUGUCUUUACUCUGUGAUACUUGAGGCUGUAGUUGGUCAUAAACUCAUGAUCAAUCACGAAAUAUAGAUGACAUCAUCCCAUAUCAUUUUGGGAUCUUGUUGAAGCUGUCAAUCUCCUACAUGAAUCUUCACCUGUAAGAGAACUUGUUCAUUUGUUACACUAUUAUUAUUAUUUUUUGCAAUUAGCAUGUCCAUAUAGUAUUAUUCUUUCAGCAAGGUAGAUGGAAAAGCAACUCAUGCAAUCUCAUGCCAUGCCUCGCAUGUGCUUUCGUUGUCCUUUGUGUUGUUAGCAAUCAUCUUGAGGGUCCAUGCUUUGUGGAUUAGAUGUAGAAAGACUUUUGUCACUCUGUUGUGCCACAUGAUUUUGUAAAAUGAUGUUAUCACUUUGAAUGGCAAUCCUGAUCCUACCA